CAGUGAACGAGUUCCUCUGUUCUGUGAUGUUUAGGGGGUCCAGUCCGGUCCAGCCACACAGACCUGCGUCUAGAAGAGCAGGAAAAACUUCAGCAGAGACUUGUCUUCUGAUAACGAGCUCUACACAUUGUUCUCCAGACUCGGAUCAGGAGCGGAGCACUUCUGGAAGCGCGUGAACAUGGACGAUCUAGACGCCUUGCUUGCAGAUCUCGAGUCUUCCACCGCUCAUAUCUCCAAGUGCCCAGUGUUUCUUCCUGAGGAGACCCCAUAUUCCUACCCCAUCGGAGGGCACAUUUUUCAGGAUGACUCCCCUCCUCCGCCCCUGCCCCCUCCACCCACAUCUGAGGCCCUGAACGGAUCGCUGUCCCCGCGGCCGGACUCCCAGCACUCCUCGCAACAGUCUCUGGGCUCUGCUCAUAAAAGCACGUUGUCUCGGGACAGCAGUCCACCAGCCUCACAUACAGAAGAAGACCACGUUUACAGUUUUCCUAACAAGCAGAAGCACUCAGACUCGUCGGCUGCAGUCAUGACUUCUGCCCUGGGCAGCAACCUGUCUGAACUGGACCGCCUCCUUCUGGAACUCAACGCUGUUCAGCAAAAUGCCCCAUCUUUCUCCACUACAGAAGAUGUUGCACCUCCAUUGCCCCCCUGCAGUGUUGCCCACUAUAUCCAGGAAAAUGGAGCCCACCCAGGCAUCACACUGACACCAGCAGCCCAGGACAAGCCUCAGAGGAAUGGAACGAAGGGGACAGAUGAUGGCCGUCCCACUGUGGAAAGUCUUCUGAAUGAGUUGGAGAGCUCUGUGCCAUCCCCAAUGGCAAGUCCCUGUGCUCUAUCAAGUGAAUUGACAGACGGGCAGGUGGACACACCUUCCGACCAGCAAGGCAGAAUAUCAGCCACCUCCGCUACACGAGAACUGGAUGAGCUCAUGGCCUGCUUGUCCGAUUUUAAGGUGCAGAGCAAUCCAAGUUCUUUGGGCUCCCUGAACUCUGAGUCAAUGUUUGAGCAAACUACUACCAUUGCUGAAAUCCACCCUCCUCCUACGACUGCCGUGUCCAAAUCCCUGUCCCCUACCCUCCCAGGGGAAUCAAGACGAUAUUCCCCAAGUCUCUCCUCUCCUUUAAACUUUGAACUGCACAUUGUGGAGUUUGAACCAGGUGAACCGGGGGCUGUGCCUCCACCAUCCAAAGUUGUCCCAAAGCCUUCCUCUCGACUGUCUCCACCUGUAGCAUCCAGUCCUCGUUGUUCUCCAGUAUCUGACUUGGGCUUGGAUUCUUCCAUUGAUGUCUCUGCUUCCCUCCUGUCCUCCCAGGUGGAAUCUCUACCUGUUCUGUCUCAGACAAUAACCACCACUACCACACCUGCAAGAGGAGACCUUUGUAGUUUCUGGGAGGGAAGUCCUUCUGCCAUAUUGACAAGCUCUAAACUGAAGGCCUAUUCGCCUAUAACCAAGUCUCCUAGUCCAACAAGUGCCCCAGUGCUCAGCAGAACCAAUGAAAGAAGUAGCCCAUUGAUGACACCAGCAUCGAUUGAUCUGUAUCUCUCCAACUCUGAAGCAAAACCUAUAAAUCCAAUCCCAUCUCUUUCCAGAUCUCCACUUCCUACAGUAUCUGAAUCACCAUCUCUGUCUCUUCCCAAAGCUGUAUCACCCCCUCUAAUCCUAUCCUCUUCUUCGUCUGUAGUGGUUCCCAAGUCUCCAAUCCCAAAACCAUUAUCAGGACAGCCUCUCACUGGUUUUCAACCACCAACCUAUGAGCCAUCUCUUGAUGAUGCCUUGGAUAAACUCCUUGCUAUGAGCUUCAGCAGGCCUGAGAAUGAGGCUCCAAUCACCACAUCGGUGGCCUCGCAACUCACUUCGGAAGUACAACCAGAAGUUUAUGAGGAGACAAUAGUAGAAGCAGAUCGCAUGAACAUUCAUCCUGACACCUUUACAGAGAGCGAAAUGGGGGAUGGGCUCUUGGAGGAUCAGUCCGACUGCAGGAGUGAUCUUGACUGGGCUGACAUGGAACUGAAGAUGGCUUACGAAGGACCUGAUGGCUCCAUGACCCCCAUGACCGAGGCAAGCUGGAUGGAUGAAUCUCUUACACCAUCAUCUUGCCCUGGAACCCCAGAUGCCCAGAUGGACCUUCCAAUGCUGCAUACAGCUGGCACAAUGGACAGGAUCUCAGCCUCUGGACACAUCAAAUCUGUGAUUAAACGUACCAAGGAGAUCCAAAACGUCCAUCCCAUGUACCGAGACGGCCUGAUACGUAGGAAGAUGGGCCCCCUCAUUUUCCACAAGAGUAACUCCCAGGACCGGCUUAUUGAGGAACUGCAAGGCAAGCUGGGAAUUGCCCGUAAGGAUCGUCCAAAAAAGCAACAGCCAGAUGACUGGCUCACAGAAGGCGUCAUUGUCAUGUCCAACCCCAAACGCUCACGCGAAGACCACAACAGGGAGGUGGAUAAGAUAAUCAUACCUCCGGAGUCUCCUCUCCCUCAGAGGAAGGUGAUCCCACCUCCCCAGUCUCCCCCAAUCCCUCGCCCCCCUCCCCCUGCUGAAGAACCAAAACGCCCCCCUCCGGUCAAAUUAGUUCCUGCCCCUAUGCCUCCACCCCCACCACCUGCCCCCAUCCCACCUCCUAGAGAGCCGACACCACCUCCCCAGCCAACUCCACCUCCAGUUCCACCCAAGCCCCCGACCCCUGAACCUGUGGAAGUUCCUGCUCCCUCCCCAAAGCCCAGCCCUCCACCACAACCCACACCCACCCCACCACCUGCCCCUAUAGCCCCGCCAAAAGUGCUGAUGUCAGUUGGCUGCCAGACGGAGUAUGACCCACUCUUCCCUCCGCUGCAGAUUAUGGCCCAGGGGAAGGGUCCACAACCACAGGUUAAUAAACUGGACAACAUGCUGGGCAGUCUUCAGUCUGACCUCCACAAGCUGGGAGUGCAGACGGUUGCUAAGGGAGUGUGUGGCGCCUGCUGCAAACCUAUUGUUGGCCAGGUGGUAACUGCCAUGGGGCGCACAUGGCAUCCAGAGCAUUUUGUGUGCACACACUGCCAGGAGGAGAUUGGUUCCAGAAACUUCUUUGAGAGGGAAGGACAGCCAUAUUGUGAGAGAGAUUACCAUCAUUUAUUCUCUCCACGCUGCUAUUACUGUAACGGACCCAUACUGGAUAAAGUGGUGACGGCGUUAGACAGGACGUGGCAUCCUGAGCACUUUUUCUGUGCCCAGUGUGGGGCGUUCUUUGGCCCUGAAGGAUUUCAUGAGAAGGACGGAAAGGCGUUCUGUCGUAAAGAUUACUUCGAUCUGUUUGCUCCUAAAUGUGGAGGCUGUGCUCGUGCCAUCCUGGAGAAUUACAUCUCUGCCCUGAGCGCCCUCUGGCAUCCUGAGUGUUUUGUGUGCAGGGAGUGCUUCACACCCUUCAUCAACGGCAGUUUCUUCGAGCACGACGGUCAGCCGUACUGCGAGGUUCAUUAUCACGCCCGCCGCGGGUCGCUGUGUUCCGGCUGUCAGAAACCCAUCACGGGCCGCUGCAUCACAGCCAUGGGCAAGAAGUUUCACCCUGAGCAUUUUGUCUGUGCCUUCUGCCUCAAGCAGCUCAAUAAGGGCACCUUCAAAGAGCAGAACGACAAGCCUUACUGCCAGGGCUGCUUCAUCAAGCUCUUCAGCUAGAAAGAUGUCUGACUGACUGUGUGUGUGUGUGUGUGUGUGUGUGUUAUUCAGGUUCACGUGUCUGACUCUCGACAUCCCCACAUGACGUUUCUGGUCAGGUUAAAACGAUAGUGCCAUGAAACGUGCUCUCAAAAGCCAGGUUGUUUUAGAGGGUAUUAGAGGAAAGUUCAGCUGAGACUGUAGAGGGGUUUUGUUUUUGUUUUUGAGAAAGUGUGUGAAUGUUUUCUGCUUACUAAAGAGAAACUGUUUGAUGAUGAGAACAGUUCAGGAAGGAUGAUGGGAAUACGUUUGAGACACAAUCAACAGAAGGAAACGAAGCAUCAGAUAAUUCAAUGACUGGAAAUCAAACGAAUAACCAAUAAUUCAAUAAUUAGUGGAGAAUCUCAUGAAACAAUGUCCAGGUCAUAUAUUAGUCUGAAACCAAGGGAAAGAUAAGAAAUCAUAUUUUGCAUGAAAAAAAAUGUAAGCCGGUUUCAGAAUAUUAAAUAUUUUUUUGCAUUGUGGCAUUAUUUCAAAAAAAAAAAAAAAAAAAAAAUCUUCCUUAUUUUCCAAUAUUUUGUUACCAAAACAAAAUCCUUAUAGUAAUAUAAUGAAAAAAUAUAUCCUGUCCAAUAACAUUUUAUUAUUAUUAUUAUUAUUAUUAAUAAUAAUAAUAAUAAUGAUAAUGAUUAUAAUAAUAGUUAUUAUUAUUAUUAAUUAUUAUUAUUAUUAUUAUCGUUGUUGUUGUAUCUUUUUUAUUAAUAAUAUAAUAUUGAUGUUAUUUUAAAUUUCAUUAAACUCAGUAAAACAAAAAAUAACAUGAAGUAUAAAUGCUUCAUUGUUAUUACUCCGAAAAUAAACUACAUUUUCUUUUAUGCAAAAUAGGAUUUAUUCUUUCUUUUUAUUUUGGUAUGAAAUAUGGCCUGCAUUUGUUCUUUUGAGCUUCAAUUUUAGGAAAACGUUUUAUUUACUUUGCAUCAUUUUAGCAUAAAAUCUCCCCUCGGUGAAUUGCUACGUUUAGUGCCUUGUUCUGUAUUACAAAUUUAACUGAAUUUAAAAAAUACUAAAUGUGUAGUUUUCUAUACAAGAUAUAACAAAGUUCCUGAUCCAUGUUGAAGUUGUAAUUGAGAGACUGAAGUGUAUUCCUCAUGAAGUCUGUGUAGUAACAGCAAGUUUUUAAUUAUUAGUGACAUCUGGCACCCAUAGAGAUGAAUGUAUCUUACUGUUAAUCGUUCACUUCUGCCGGCACACAUAAUAACACACAUUUCCUUCAUUUUUACACUAAUAAAUCAAAACCGUAUUUUCUGAUGUCUUUAAACUAGAAUAUUUAUCUGAAGGAACCAGUCUCAUAUGGCAUUUUGGGACAUGUUUUGUAGUUAGGAUAAUUAGCUAUUUUGGUUUUAGUCACAAAACAGUCACUACAUAAACGCUGACGAUUCUAAUAGUUCACCCAAAUGUGAAUAUUAACUGAAAAUGUGCCAUCCGAGAUGUAGAUGAGUUUGUUUCUUCAUCAGAUUUGGAGAAAUGUAGCAUUGCAUCAGUGUCUCAUCAACGGAUGCUCUCCAGUGAAUGGGUGCCGUCAGAAUGAGAGUCUAAACAGCUGAUAAAAACAUCACAAUAAUCCACAGCACUCCAGUCCAUCAGUGAACGUCUUGAGAAGUGAGAAGUCAAUCUUCUGUUGUCCUGAUGUUGUUCUUCUAGCUGUGACUGUAUUGUGCAAUUCUCAAUUGUUGAAUUCAGUAUAUGAUUUGAUGAGAAAAAUGAGUAUCUGAUAUUGUCUUUCUCACUCUUAGAGACAAUUCUAGACAAUAUUAUAACUGCUGUAUUAUGAUAUCGUGACUAUAUAUUCUAUACUAAUUAUUUUUUUCCUCUAUCUUUUAGUUUCCCUCCGUUUUGCAUGAAAGUCUUAAGUGUCUUUCAAUCCUUUUAAAAGGCGAGUUUUGAAAACUCGAUGAAGACUUUCUUGUAUUUUUAGAAACAUGUUGUCACUAAAACAGACUUUUCAGAUCAAUAAUAUUAAAUUUAUAUGGCCCUGGUGUGGCUUUCUGGAUGCCUGUCAACACAGAUUGCUAUUUGAUAGAUAUACCAGCAAGUGUUUAUUAAAUGAAAGCUUUUAUAUGACCCGAUGUGCCAGAGAUAUGUUGAGAAAACUCUACUUAGAAAGUAGAAGUUACUUGUUCUGCUUUGUUUUAUGAAAUUCACUAUGAAUAUGCCUUCUUUGAUAACUCGAUUGUAAUAAUCUGUUUUGCUUCUAAUCGCUAUGUGCCAAAAGAAGGUGCGGUGGAAAUCUCGGGAUCAUAUGAUCUCCGUAUGUGUUUUAAUCACUCAUUUACACUGGUCGAAUCUUGUGCCUUUGUUUAUUUUGAGAUGUUCUAUCAUAUAAAUUGAUCUGACGCUUUUCCAUUUCUGUUCAUAAAUCAUUAUUUUACUGUCCCUUUACAAAUAUGAUCAUUUACCUAAUGUGAAGUCAGCUAUGCAUAUUUUUAUCUCUCUCCUGUAACACUGUCACGUUUUGUUCUGUGAGUAUUGGUUAUCGAUUCUAUUCAUGCAAUUAUAUGCAAAUAAAAUUGGUGUUUUAAUGCACUGAA